AUGAACAUCAACGGGCCGAAACCGAAAAUCAACAUCGUCAACUUGUUCGACAUCCUACCCCCGGUCUUUCACUCCAUGACGACCGGGAAAAUCACGGGCGAUGAUACGUCGGCACUUCUAAAAGAACGUGGAAAAUACCAAUACCAGACAAUCAAGAAGAUGUCGGCAGCGCUGGAGCUCGAGUACGACUACGCGCUCUGGCUGGACUCUGAGGCUAUCGCCGUGCAGCCGUUCAGUAUGCGCCAAACCUUUGAUGCCUACGUCAAGGACCCCACGAUUUGGAGGUCGAGAAUGACCAAUGACGACUUCAUGCGGAGACUCAUCGGCGCCGCGGCAAACGUUCUGGAUCGAUCGAUGGACUCAUUCGGACCCGCCUUUUGGAACCUGGAGAGUGUGGAAUGGAUUGUCGAGAAGAACAUGAUCAAGGACCUGGUUCAGUAUGUUGAAAAGGUCCACAAGCAAGACUUUUGGACUGCAUGGAUGACGCAUGGUGGACCAUUCGAGGUGAACCUUCUCAAUAUGCAUAUCCAAGCACGCAAGUUGGAGACGACGGACCCCCUAUUCACCAAAUACCGGAUCGUCGAGACUGAACGAGAGAUGCAGAAGUACGGCAUGAUUGAACCAGCAAAAGCCGUGAUUGACGCCAUGACAGGAACUGGCCUCCUAGAGAGGGGCUACAAGUUGUUGGCAGUCCCAGAAAUAGUACCAAACUUUUCAUCCAUGCUACGCGAAAACGGUCAGAGUCUCUUUCGACUCGAUGAUCUCGAUGUUGGUCCACCAGAAGCUAUCGAUCGAUUUCUGUUGGAGACGCCAAUAAACAUCAUAUGCUCGGGAGCUCCACCGUUGCAUAGUUGGUGGGAAGAGCGGAAGAAAAGCAUUUAG